AUGGUGUCCCUCCAUCCCACAAUACGACUGACUCAUAAAUCAAGGCAAAAAGUCCGUAAGCAUGACCCGAAUUUCGGGAAGGAGGGAGUAUACAUGUGUAAUCAAGGCAAAAAAGUCUGGCGCGAGUGGGGAGAAUGUGGAGCAAAAUGUAACCAUGAAUGCAGGACUAUAUCAGAAGUCCUAACUGACCUCACCAUUCGAAUCAACAACGUUACCUACCUUCUUCAUAAGCUUGUGCUACUUCAAAAGCUCUUACAGCGACUUUGUGCUGGAGAUAAUUCUGAGGACUCUAGAAAUCUUACUCUUGAGCUGCAUGACAUUCCGGGAGGAGAAAAUGCUUUUGAACUUUGGCCGAAAUUUUGCUGCGGAUCACAAUCAAUCUUGUCCACUGGUAAGGUUCCUCUUGAGCGGUCAGAAAAUCUUGGGAUAUUGCGAAGGUGUAUCGACUCCGUUAUGGCUAAAAUACAAACGCCUCCUGAAAAGGCUUCUUGGGGAAUAUCUGCUGGAACAAAAGCAGAACUGAUACGCAGAGCUGGUAAUCAAUUGGAGUCUGCAAAACUAAAUGAUCUGUUGAUUCCGUAUUAUUCUUGUUCUGAUGAUAAUCAACAUGAUAAAUCUUCUUCUACGAUGCUUACUUGGUCACGGCCCUCCUAG